CUGAAAGUCUUCCCCCGUCCGGGCUGGGCGGAGUUGCGCACAAACAGGCUGCUGCCGGUGACCCGGUUCGUUAUGGCGGCUCGAAAGCCCCGCUCGGUGGCCAACCCUUUGGAGUCCGCUAUCACUUCACCGAGUGAGAGGAUAUUGAAAGAAUGCCACAGUUUGUAUGUCGACAGCGAAAACGGCUUGGUCAAAAUCGCCAACAGCCUUGGAGUGCGUCUCCUGCCCCCCAGAAAAAAGAUCACAGUGAUGAUCAUGGGGAACCACUCAGCAGGAAAGAGCUCCUUCAUUAAUUGGUAUGUCGAAGAGCACAUCCAAAAAACCGGUGUUGCCAUUGAAACACAGGGCUUCACAUUCAUCACAAGUGGGCGCAAGAGAGAAUCAUUGACGGGGAAUGCAACAUUGCAUCUCUACCCCCAUUUUCGACCGCUCCUUGAGUUCAAAGGUGUUAUGGACUACCUGUCUGCAGAAAUCUCCACAUCCAAGCAGAAGAAGUUCAGUCUUGUGACUUUUGUGGACACACCUGGCUUGGUGGACGGGGACAUGAUUUAUCCAUUUAAUGUCAACAGCGCCAUCACAUGGCUGGGAGAACAGUCCGAUCUGAUAUUCGUAUUCUUCGACCCGAUGGGUCAGGCCCUGUGCAAGCGCACACUGAACAUUGUGGAGAAACUGAGUGAGAAAUGUGGAGACAAGUUGUUGUUCUACCUCAGCAAGGCGGAUGAGGCUGGCAAGGAAACAGAUCGACAGAGAGUGAUGAUGCAGAUAGUCCAGGAAUUGUGCCGGCGUCCAGGUCUCAACAACUGUGGUUUUGAAAUGCCAACAAUAUACAUCCCCAACCCACAGAGGCCAAGCCGCUGUGUGAACCAAAUUGACGGUGUGUGUCAGACCAUCGAAAAGACCAUCAACCAAGCUGUGCAGAGGACAUUGGACCAGUUGGAGAAAGACUGUCAUUUAAUUUGUUCCACUAUCAGCAACAGACUACAACAGGACAGGACUGAUGCCACUUACAACAAAAGUGUCCGCCUGAACUCGUUUGUGUGCGGUGCUUUGGGAAUCUUCCUUCCUCUUCUCUUUAUUCUUAGUUUCAUUAUGAGCACCUUCUCCAAAGAGCAGUUGAGUGAGCUGAUGGGAGAACGGCCGGCUCAAACGCUUUUUAUCUGCACCGGCAUAGUGAUGUACUUGUGGGACUGGAUACCAGAAGAUGGGCAAGUUGUGUUUGUAGUGCUCUUUGGGGCUUUUUGCUACCUCUUACUUUUCCUCGGCAAACAUUUUUCUGGUCAAAGAUACAAGACUUUAACAAAAAAGGAGAAGAGAACAAUGACAGAGUACAGUGAUUAUAUCCUGGAUAUCGUCAAAACCAAGAAGGGUAAAUUGUAUGAAUGGUACCUCCAACAAUGUGCGGCGGAAUAUGACCUUUGACCCCUGGGUAAGAUGACUGUUCCUCACGUGUGUUUGUAGGUCAGCACAGUGCCGACAGGUCAGUUGUUUGUUUGGACAAAAGAUGUAUUAUGUGAGAAAACACCGGCACGUUUGCAAAGAGACUGACAAUCAUUCACCAAAUAAUGCAGCCAAGAGCGUUUUGGCGUUUUUGAUUUUAGAACGUGCCUUUGCUCUUCAGCAUAGUCAAGAGACUUGUGAUUGUAGUCAUUGAAUGAAAGAAAAACACAUGUGAAUACCUUUUCACAGUGUGUACUUCAUACAUGUAGCUAAUAUACAAACACACCUCUUCAUUCAAAGAUUUGACCUCCUUCCAGCCUGCAAAAAAGAUCUAUUCUUAAACCUUACUGCACUGUCCUGAUGUGUUCUCUUUGGAACACAAUGUGCUCUUUUAAUAAGCAAUGCUGUUAUAGUCGCUGGGCAUUAUUGUUGUUACUUUUUGUACCAAUAACACUCCUGCCAUGAUUAUCUCUAUGAUUGUACUGGAUACAAAACAUUGCACUGUAUCUCACUUACAUCACAAAUUAGACACAUCUAAUGAGCUCCAAUUCAAGAUUAUGCAUUUACAAACAUAAUAAUGUUUCAUUGACACUAUCAAAGACUUGUUUUGUUAAUGCGAUUGCCAUUUGCAUUAUACUAUGAGCCGUUUCUCUCUUUUUUUUCCAUCACAUUAUUUUGGUUACCUUAUGGAAAGCUGUGGCUGGUGCAAAAUAUUAGGAACUUCACUCAGUGUGAUGCAGUUCAGCUCUACACACAACCACACUGAUAAAUAUUUCUUUUUCAAUUGAUACCUCCCUCACAGUGUCACUGAAGAUUGAGUGUUUCCCAAGGUCUCAUGUACAGAGAGUACGAGAGAAGUCAUUUCAGGCGCAGGCCGAUAUUUACAAAAUACUUAACAUUAAAUUGAUGUACAAUACAUGUGUUCCACAACAAUGAUGCUUCAUUAAAAUACUAGUAAUGUAUAUUACAAAAUGUUAUAUGUAUUGUACAGUCUAUUUUACAAUUUAAUUUGUUUGUUAAGAGUAACAGCUCAUGUACUGGAUCUCAUGACAUUGUGCAGGUGUACUGGUGAGUAAAAAAAAAAAAUCUAAAGUGAUACAACCUCGUUACAAUGAACCUCGAGGGACAUAACGAAUCUGUAUGUUAUAAUGGUAGUUCAUUACAACCAUUUCCAAUAAAAUGGCCGCCAACUACGAUGCAUCAUACAUUAUAAACAUUUAUAGAAAGUGAGAGACAAUUUCAGCCUUCACAGGCAGCGAGAUUUGCUUCCGUUUAAGAGACAUGUUUUCAGACCAUGUGCUCAGGACCGCGGUGUGCGGUUGACCUAAUAAAAUUAUUAGACUGGAGCACAUGAUGAAAUAUUGAGAAUUUGUGACUGCAGUGUGACAUUUUAGAGUCCACUAGUCCACCAUUUCAGAAUAUUCCUGGUGGUCUGUCGUGACAUGACAUUAAAAAUAAAUGCCCAGGGAUAUUAUCUUUUAUUUUUUAUACAAAUGAUGCAAUAUCCUCUGUUUGUAUUGGGGGCGUGAUUUUAGUGAAUUUAAAUUCUAUAUUUUUUAACUGUAUUGUUGUGGUGCGAAUUGUAGAAGAAAAAUCGGACUCGUAUAGAAAUACCUUUCUGCCUCAGAGAAUGAAAUUUGUCAAACGCACAAAUGAACUCUGUCGCUUCUGUUAAACUCAUUAAAUAUUUUCUCCUAA